AUGGAGCCGCAGCCUGUCGGUGCGGCCGAUGCGGGCGUUCUUGAACAGUCAGCACCACUUGAGCAGGCCCAGAACAAUGGUCAGGACGACAGCAAUGCGCCUCCGGAUGGCGGAUUACAGGCAUGGCUACAAGUCGUUGCCUCAUUCGCUCUCUAUUUCAAUCACUUGGGCUUACUCAACAGCUUUGGUGUCUUCCAAAACUACUACGAAACAGACCUCCUCAAGGACUCUACGCCCUCGGCCAUCUCCUGGAUUGGAUCCAUCCAAGUGUUUUGCUUAAUGUCCGUUGGAGCUGUCAUUGGCCCGCUCUACGAUGCAGGGUACUGUCGCGCGCUGCUCGCCGCUGGAACGCUUCUCGUCACCCUGUGCUUCAUGAUGACCAGCAUCAGCACGCGCUAUUGGCAAAUCUUUCUCGCCCAGGGAGUCUGCCUCGGCUUGGGCACCUGCUGUCUCUCCAUCCCGUCUAUUGCCAUUGUGCCCAUGUACUUCAAGAGACGCAGAGCUAGAGCCAUGGGUCUCGCCACCGUGGGCAGUGGCCUUGGCGCAACGCUGUAUCCCCUCAUGUUCCAGAACCUGGUGCCGCAGAUAGGCUUCGGCUGGACCAUGAGAGUCAUGGGAUUCAUGGCGUUUGCAAUGUGCUCCUUUGCGCUCAUCAUCAUCCGGCCCCGCACGGCGGCCAAGAAGCCCGGGUGGCAGCAGAACGGCUUCUCCAUCCGCUGGUUCUGGGACUCUUCGGCUCUCAAGGAGAAGACGUACCUUCUCUACUGCAUUGCCAUUUUCUUUAACAAUCUUUCAUUCUUUAACCCGCCCUAUUACCUGCAGAGCUACGCCGUCUUGCAUGGCAUGCAGGGCCACGUGCUGGCCGCAUAUCUGUUGCCUAUUCUCAACGCCUCUUCCAUCCCUGGCAGGAUCAUACCCGGGUUCGUUGCAGACAAGGUUGGUUCUUUGGACACGUACGUCGUCGUAUGCGCCUUGAGUAGUGCAAGUGUCUUUUACUGGAUCAGCGUGACAAAUGCAGCUGGUAACAUUGCCUUUGCCGUUUUAUAUGGCUUUUGGUCCGGUAGCGUAGUAGCUCUCGGAUCCGUGGUUUUGACCUCCAUUACUCCAGAUAUGAGUCGUCUGGGGACUAGACUGGGCAUGGUCUCCAUUCUCAAAGGUAUUGGAUCACUCAUCGGCCCGCCCAUAUCGGGUGCCAUUCUUAACAGUACUGGCAAGUAUAUUGGGAUUCAGCUUCUUGCUGCCUGCGGCAUCAUGCUCACUUCGCUUCUUUCCCUUGUUUUGCGACUAGUUAUUGCGAGAGCGUUGUUCAAGACCAUUAGAGACGAUGACAAGGCGUACUUGGACGCAAGUCGUCCGAAAUCAAAGGCGCCUGCUUUGGCCCAGUUCACUGAAGACAAGCGCGCAUCCUAG